AUGUCUGGAGGCUAAAAACUUAAUCUUGAUAUUCCUUUCAAAACUAUUUGCAAUUGGAUGCAGGAUAGAAGACUUUUACCAUAGGAUUGGGUUCAGAAGUUAAAAGCAGCUUAGAUCAAAUCGGAGUAGCUUAGAAAUACCUUUCCGAACAAUCAUGCUGAAGAGGCCAUCAAAAAGCUUAAAUAAGGAAUAGCAUAGAAAGGAGAAGAAUUUUUAUACAGAGACGCAAAAGAUGUAUUCGAGAAGCUAACAACUAACACUGAGGAGGGUAAAUAGAAGUCCUUCCUUGGCAGGUACAAAUCUCCCCUAGUGAUUGAAUGGCAACUACUCUUGAGAAUAUACGAGUCAGAUCUAUUAUACCUAGCAGAGUAUGGCAAAAUUAUUCAAUAAGUCCAUGGUUUCGAUAUCCCAUCAUCAAGAAAGUAACUACAGUCUAUGAGUAAGCAGCUGACAGAGGGAUCUCAAAAAAAGAAUGACUUGAAGAGAUUAAUUGGAGAGUAGGAUAAGAAAUUUAAUGAGGAUUGUACUAAGAUGGGCAUUAUCCCCACGGUUGAUGCCAGCGGCAUGGAAAGGUAGGCUAUUAGGAUGGUUGAGUAACUCAUCUAGAAAUUUAAACACAUAGAGGGGUGUAUCCAGUAAAAGAAUAUUAAGAAUCUGAUUGCCUAUUACCAAGAAUUCAAUUCAGAUUUUGAAGCAUUGCCAAUGCUUAAGUACAUAUCUGCACAAGGAGAUGAAAACUUAGCAAUUUACAAUUAUAAGAAAGUCAAUACAGCUGCCAAGAAUAUUCCUCAAGAUUUGGCUUUGAGAGAGCAGCAUAAAUACGAUUUGUACGCCAAAUUUGACUAGAUUGUGUUCAAGGAAGAAGAAGUGUUUGAGAUUCAGCUCGAGGAUGAUUAGCCAGCAGCCAGUGGAAAUAUUGAGAUUGAAUGGAAUUAGAUAGACGAUACAUCAGGUCAAGAUGCUGCUUGGGAAAUUGUCUAGAAAGAAUCAGAAAAAGAAGACAAGGCCUAGUACAAUGAUGAAGAAACACUUCUAUAUAAUUAGGAGACUAGACAAAUAUUGAUCAAUGAUCUGGAAGAAGUGGAAUUUUUCCUGAGGUAGAGACUCUCAGAAUUGAGUUAAAAGGACUAGGCUACCUAUUAGAUGUAUAUUGAAUCACAAUCUAGGAAAGAGAUAAUCAAGCAAUGCGAUCAAGCUGACUUUGUAAAGUAAACUCUGGCUGAUGUAGAAAAGAUCAAAGAUGCAAUCAACCAUAAAGAUAUCCUUCAGCUUAUAGUUCUUAGAUAAAAACCCAAGAUCGCUGCCUCAAGAAUUGUUUAAAAGCUACAGGGUCCUAUCAAACUAAAGGAGAAAUACGAAACCAAUAUAGUGAAUAUUGACAAGAAAGAAAAAGAACUUGUAAAAGAAAUAGAGCAGCUAAAGAAGACGAUUGAAUCUGACUCCAAAUCAGUCAAUGACCUAGUGGCUAUCCUACAAAAAGACCUUUCAGAAAAAUUAAAAGCCAAUGUGAGAGUUUCACUGUGA